AUGUGGGAUAUACUGCCGUUUGCGUGGAAUCAUUGUUAUAUCGAUAUCGUAUCGAAAUUUAAGGCCAUUGUGAUGCGAGAUAGUUUGAACCAGCUUCCAUCGGUAUGCUUACGUGAUGAUAUUGUAAUAGUACCAAGGAUUGUUGGACCUGGAGAUGCUGUGAUAUCUACGGAACCGCGUCAUGACUGUUUAACAGCGGGGUUGUUUUUGUUGCGGAAAUCGAAGCUAUACCGUGUUACUGAUGAAUUCUACCGCCUUUAUUCUGAACGUCACUUGCACCUAGAUACCGUGUUUCCUACUUCCGAGUGUCGCGAAACUCGUUUUGAACAGUAUAGGCUUGAUAUACGCUUUAUCGAGCCCACUAGUUUCCUCCAGAAUAAAGGAGAAUUUUAUAUCACUCCAGGGAUGCCUAUCUCAAGUUUUAUGGAGCUUAGCAUUGUCAUCAAUCAUAUUUGGGCAGCGAUGGAAGAAGUCAGUAUUAUCCUGUUAGAAACAUGGAUAGAAGACCACUAUACAAUUUAUUACAAGGACUCACUCGUUGCAUCUGACACAUCAACAGCGACGUAUAGCGUUGAUAUCAUCAAAGGGAAUUACUUGUUACAUGAUCAGGAGAAUAGUAAGUAUUGUUUUGCGAUCUACCCCAUUCCUUGCGAUCUUUUGGGCUCCAGGAUUCCCCAGUUAGAGCAUUCAUUCUUUUCAGAGAAUCUUGACAGGCACUACAAUUUGAGUUUUCGAAUCGAGCUAAUUCGUAACGGCAAAAGAGAAAUCCUUCAUGCUUCCCAUGCGAUUUUGGUUGCCCUCGAUGAACGUGACUAUUUGGGCCUCACGUCAAAAGGGAGGUCUAUUUCGCCUUCAUGGAGAUUUUAG